UUUAAGGUUUAACUUCAAUUUACCGAACUACCAAUACGGACUAUCUACCGUAAAUUAUAUUGAAUAUCAUAGAUUUAGUUACUGAAUUGUGUAGAAACUUUCAACUGUUAAUUUUUCAUUUGUAAUUGUUAAUUGUAAGGAGUUUUGAACAAUAUAUAUAUACAUAUGGAGUUGAACAGUUAGUCAUCUCUUCACAAUUCACAAUUAGUACUAAUAUAGAACAAUUAACAAAUGUCUGCUGACACUAUGAAACCCUCCAAUUUGGAUCUAUCUGUCAGUGAUGUGACUACUGAACGACUGGAUGUUAUUAGUACAACCACUACUACCACAAUUGCUGAAACAAAUACCAAUAAUAAUAAUAGUACCAAUAAUAAUACCAAUAAAAACACUCUAAGUUUCAGUAAUAGCAUGAAUGCAUAUUUAUCUGCGUCUCCUUCACCAAUAUUAGGACCAUCAUCUCCCUCAUUUAAAGGAGUAGAAUUCCCAGAAUCUCGAGAACAAGACUUUUUAGAAAAGAAUGAAAAAGGCUGGAUACACGGAGUUAAAAUUCCUUAUGGAGUAUUUAAAUAUGAAGUAUAUCAUGAAAAGAGUACUAAGACUGUAUUAUCUAAAGAAUUCGAUCAAGAUCAUUUUGUCCCUCGAAUAAUAUUAGAUGAAGUAGAACAUUCAGCAUUUGGAGGAUUGGAUUCUAAACGAUCAUCAACGGUUACUUAUAGAGCUCAUGAGGGUGAAGAUUAUGAUGAUGAUGAUGAUGAUGAAAAUGAUAGAGGAGAUAUAUUAAGAAAGGAAGAUACUAAAAGUGCAUUUUCUGGUUAUUAUUCAAUACCAAAGGCAUCAUUAAAUAUUCCUGGUUAUUAUAAACAAGAUCCUCGACAAGCAAGACUUUUAAUUGAUAUACCAAAAUUAUGUUAUCAAAAUCAUUUUGAUUAUGAUGAUUUAACUUAUACAUUUGGAGGAUUAUAUGUAAAUAAAUUUACAAAUUUUAAAGCAUUAGGUUUACCUAAAAAUAUUGAUUUAAAUAAGAUUUCAAUUCAUUUACCCACAAAUUUACCCCCAUUUGUUAGUAAAGAAAUCUUAUGUAGUCCAUUUAUGAAUCAAAAUCGUCAUUUUUAUCUUUUUAAUCCAAUUAGAGGAACCAUUACAUUUUUAGAUACAAUUAAUUUAACUGAUUUCCCUGGUCAUUUAUGUUCAUUAACAAGUACUCAAAUAUCAAAAAGUCAUAUAUUCUUUUAUGGAGGAUUUGAAAUUGAAACUAUAUCAGUAAAUUAUAAUCCAGAAAUUGGUAGAUGGAUAAUUAAAAAAGAUAUAAAAUUAAAUGAAGAUGGUUAUAUACUUGAUAUUACAAAUUUAAAAUUUACAAAAAUAGAUUUAAAAUCAAAGAGUAAAAGUUAUAUUCCAUUAGGAAGAUUAGGUUCAGCAAUGGUAUCAAAUAUUUAUGGUUUAUUAGAUUCAAAAUCUAAACCUAAUGUAGGUCCAGUUAGUAAUAAUUCAAGUUCAACAAAUGAAAUUGUAACAAAGACUACCCUGCCAAUUACUACAUAUACACCUACUACUACUACUAAUAAUAAUAAUAAUAAAUCCAAACCUUCAACAACGAAAACUAAUACUACUACUACUGCUACUAAUAUCGGAACUCCAUUACAAAAGAUUCAAUCUCCAAAUCCAACAUCAUCAAAUCAUCCAAAUUUUAUAAAACUAAAUGAGAUCCUGACCACUUCAUCAGUAAAUGAUCUGGAUAUUCCUCCAACUCCAGCUACUCCAUACCUGACAUCAGGUCAAUUCCCAUUCCAGAAGCAAUCCAUUGCCUUUAAUUCUUCAUUAAAGAAUAGUACUACUCAAUCUCUUCAAUCAGCAGCCACUACAGCUCAAAGUUCAUCAGUCGAUACUUCUAAUUCAAAACCUUUCCAAAGUAUUCCAAACCUUAAACCAGUUUUAUCAAGUAAUGGAUCAGCCACUAAUAGUGUAGUUACACUGCCUUCAACAUUAACUACCAAUUCAAAUAAUUCAUCAACUAGUUCUAGUGCGGUAGCAAAGAUGACUAAUGUAUUUUCAAAAUCUUCUAGAAUUUUCCAAAGGCAUCAUCAUCAAAGACAACCAAGUACUUUGGAAUCACCAAAAUCUCCUCAAGCUGCUCAUCCAUUGAAAAACACUUAUUCUAAACAAGUCAAACAGAAUAGAUCUAAUUCUCAGCAUAGUUCAAAUGGUAGUAGACCUGCUUCACCAGUUCAAAAUGAUAAGGGUAAAUCAACAUUAGUAAAAGAAUCACCUGCGACUUUAAAGAUUGAUAGUAAUAUUACUACUACCAAUAAUAAUAAUAACAGUUCUAAAGUAAUUGGAGAUUAUUAUCCUUAUACUAGUCCAUCACCAGAUUUAAAACAAUCACCAACUAAUUCUAAUAAUGGAGAAAAUAAAUAUGAAGUAAUAAUUAAACAUCUGGCUCAGGAUUCAAGCUCAUCUUCAUCGACAUUUGAAUCAGGUACAAAGAAGUUUCAACAAAAGGAUUAUUUAACUGUAGAAAAAAUUGAUAAUACAGAUGCUCAAUCAUUUGAUUCAUUUAUGGAAGAAGAAAAUGUUGCAUUAUUUGAAGAUCCUGUACAAAAAUCAGGAUUAGCUGGUGUAUCUAUCUUUGUAUUUGGAGGAUUUAUUCCAGUUAUAGAUGAUUCAGGAUUUAUGACUUUUAAAGCUUCUAAUGAUCUUUUAAAAAUUGAUCUUGCUACUAAAGAUGAUCAAUUAGGUAUUAAUUUCCAAACAGAAGCCAUUGUAACUAGUAUUGGUCGUGAAAAGGAUUGUCCAUUUUAUCAUCCUAAUGCCGAUUGGCCAACACCUAGAGGAUUUUAUGCUGGAGCACUUAUUAAAUAUAAUGGAACAAAUGAUGUUGAUUGUGAAAUUGAUUUAAAUCCAGAAUUAACUGGUGAACAAUUAAAGAGAGUAUCAACAACUGUAAGUAAUACUUCAUCAGUUGGAGCAUCAUUUCAUACUCUUAAUAGUGGUAAUGGAUCACAAGCUCCAAAAUUAGAGAAUUUUUUUGAAGGUAAGGCAUUUCUUGUUCAAGGUGGAUGUAAUGAAAAUUUAGAAUUCUUUAGUGAUUUUUAUAUAUUUGUAUUUGAUACUGCAAAAUGGGAAAAGAUUUCCACUUAUAGUUUUGAUUAUUUUGAUAUACCUAUUAAACCAUAUGAAGAUGAUGAUGGAUCUAAACUUAAUAAAGAAAAUGAAUUAGAUGAUGCUAUAUUUAUGGAAGCUGAAUUUAGAGCUUGUCAUCAUCGAGCAUUAUAUUAUCAAAAUGAAGAAUGUGAUUAUUUAUUUUUCAUUGGAGGAUUUUAUAAUGAUUAUUUAAGAUAUUUUGAUAAAAUACCUUAUGAAAGUGAUAAAUUUGAUGUAACAAGAUUAAGUAAAUUUCCAUUUGCAACUAAUAAUACAAAUCUUUUAAGAAUUCCAGUAUUAAAUUUACAAACUCAAACUUGGAGAUAUUUAAAAUAUUAUUAUGAUGUUAAUCAUGUUAAUAGUGAUAUUUAUAAUGAAAAAGUUUCAAAUAAUCCUACUUGGAUAAAUGCUAGAAUUAUGAAUUAUGGAGGUUCAAUUUCUUUAAAUGGUAAAAGUAUUACUAUAUGUCAUGGAAUGGCAAUGCCAUGUCCAGAAAAGAAGAAAGAUUUAGAUGCUAUACAAAAAGCAGUACCAUCUGAUAUACUUUUAUGGGGUGCUCAUGUACAUUUUACUUUCCCAAGUUUAUAGAGGUUAAGCUUAUAGUGGUUAUAGUUAUGGUUAUUAAUAAAUAUUACGUCUUUACGAAUUAUAGUCUUGUCUAGUGUAGUAUAGUAUAG